AAACACACUUUAAAGUCUGAAGCUGCACAAUCAGCAGAUGAGCCAUGAUGGAGUUUCUUCACGUCGCUGUGGCUGUGUUCAGCCUUCUGUCUCUUGGACGCUCAGUUCCUGUGACAAGCUGUGAAAAUCUCAUCCAGUCUCGUGAAAUCCACGGAAAUCAGCUGCUGGGGAAAUGGACACUUAUAGGAGAGAGCACAAACAUGACUGAAGCUAAAAUGCUGACAAAGAUGUUUGUGGACAGCGCCUGGGUGAACGUCACUGCUGCCGACAGGACUGAUACAUUCAACAGUCUCCAUAGUCAAAAAAUGUUGGGCAUCUGCUUCGCAGUGAAAAUUAGCAUGACUUUGGCUAACAACACUCUCACUGUGGAGUCCCCUUAUCAAGCAUCUAGUGUCCUACUGAAUACUGGCUGCCCUGACUGCCUUGUUAUCUACUCAAACACCAGCUAUGGAAGCUUAACAUUCAAAGGUCUCCAGCUCUUGAGUAGGAGAGUUAAGGUGUCUGCUGCUGAGCUUGCUGAGUUUAGAAAGCAGGCAGAGUGUCUGAACUUACCAUCACCUGCUAUCUUGGAUUCAGAAAAGGGUUUUUGCCCAGAUCCAGCUCUCACUCCAGAAACCAUGACCAUUGAUUUAACCAGUUCCCUAGGCAGCCUAAAUUCUGGGGAUUUCAGCCAAAUAGAAAAGCUUUUCAGGGAUAAUGAUGGAAUAAAGACACUUUCUGACUCCAUCCAAAGCAUUUUGGAUCAAAUGAAGCAACAAGCAAACUGACAUGGUCAGAAAUGCCAUUAAGUGUUUACAUGGCAAAGAAGCCACGUCUGUGAAGAUUUCCACUAAAAAUAAAGAUGCUAAAAGAACA